UACAGGUUAGGUUUUUGCGAGGGAAGGUUUUCACGGGUUCAGAUAAAGUGGAUUUAGUGGGAUUCAGAUCCAGAGUGAUCUUUCGGGUCAACGUCAGUAGGAAAUUCUGUUAAAAGUUUCCAGCACAGUCUUCCCUUUGUAGAUGUUCUACUGGCAAGGAAAGAAAACUUCUCAGGGAGGAGUCGAGCACUGACUAUUCCAGAUGGCGUGGCCGUGGCUGACAGACUGACCUGCCCAAGGCCACCUUGGUAAGGUCAUGGCAGAGAAGAGCCUCAAAGCAGAAUGUUCCUGACGUGGAGAUUGGAUGUCCUCGGCAGAAAAGUGUGGGAAGGCGGGUGGAACCCUCAGUUGUUACUUAUGCCUGUAUGCAUCAUCAACAGAGACAGGAACUGACCGAGAUGAGUGAAAAAAUGGAGAAGGGAACGGAAACCAUCAGAUUGGAGAAUGGGUCUCCUUUCCAGUUUCUUAUGGAAAGGAAGUCUCCUGUCCAGAUUAGAAAAAUGGACAAAAUCAAAAUCCAACUUAGAAAAAGCUGCACUUGCUCCAUGAGGAAAAUGAAGAAGACGGCCAUGGACUUCUUCCCUGUGUUACGAUGGCUCCCCAAAUACAACUGCAAAGAAUAUAUUUGGGGGGAUGUUAUGUCCGGGCUCGUCAUUGGGAUCAUUUUGGUACCCCAAGCAAUAGCCUACUCUCUGCUAGCAGGUCUAAAACCAAUUUAUAGCCUUUACACUUCCUUCUUCGCCAACAUCAUCUACUUCCUCAUGGGCACCUCCCGACAUGUCUCGGUGGGAAUUUUCAGUUUAUUAAGUUUGAUGGUCGGACAGGUUGUGGACAGAGAAUUGCUUUUGGCAGGUUUUGACCUCAAUGACGACCCUCAGGAAACCGCGAAUGUCAGAGGCCACUUGAAUGUUACAGUUUAUAACUUUACCCUUGGCUCUGGGAGCACUGAAUGUGGGAAAGAAUGCUAUGCCAUUGGAGUGGCUACAGCAUUGACCUUCUUGGCUGGAGUUUAUCAGGUUCUAAUGGGCCUCUUCCGCUUGGGCUUUGUGUCCAUUUAUCUUUCCGAGCCAGUCCUGGAUGGGUUUGCCACAGGUGCGUCGUUGACCAUUUUAACAGCUCAAGUGAAGUAUCUCAUCGGCAUCAAGAUCCCGCGGACCCAGGGGUACGGGGUCUCAGUAACCACCUGGGUUAAUAUUUUUCGCAACAUUGCCCAGACUAACUUCUGUGAUGUCAUCACAAGUGCCAUCUGCAUCGCAGUGCUGGUCACCGCCAAGGAGCUAGGGGACAGGUACAAGCACCGGCUCAAGGUCCCGCUUCCUACCGAGCUGGUGGUGAUUGUGGUGGCCACGCUGGCUUCCCAUUAUGGGCGACUCAAUGAAGUCUACGGCUCCAGCGUGUCGGGCACCAUUCCAACUGGGUUCAUCCCUCCCCAGGUGCCCAGCUUCGGCCUCAUGCGGAGAGUUGCCGUCGACGCGUUCCCUCUUGCCAUCGUUGGCUUUGCGUUCACUGUGUCGCUCUCGGAGAUGUUCGCCAAGAAGUACGCUUACACAGUCCGAGCCAAUCAGGAAAUGUUUGCCAUUGGCUUCUGCAACAUCAUCCCAGCUUUCUUCCACUGCUUUGCCACUAGUGCAGCUCUGGCCAAGAGUCUGGUCAAAUCGUCAACGGGAUGCCAGACGCAGGCGUCCAGCGUCGUAAGCGCCGUGGUUGUGCUGCUGGUGCUGCUGUUCUUUGCCCCCCUUUUUUACAAUUUGCAGAAGUGCGUCCUGGCAUGCAUUAUUAUCGUCAGCCUAAGAGGAGCCCUUCGGAAGCUGAAAGAUGUCCCCCGGCGCUACCACCUAGACAAAAUCGACGCUUUGGUGUGGUGCGUCACCAUGUUUGCCUCUGCCCUCAUUAGCACUGAAAUGGGACUGCUGGUUGGGGCUGUUUUCUCAAUGCUGUGCAUUGUCGGCCGCACCCAGUAUCCUCAUGCUGCCUUACUGGGCCAAAUUGGGAACACUGUCUUCUAUGAAGACGACGAGGAAUACAAAAACCUUCUGACUGUCCCAAAGGUCAAAAUCUUCCGCUUUGAAGCACCGCUGUAUUAUGCAAACAAGGAUUUUUUCCUGAAGUGCCUUCACAAAAGAACAGGCCUGGAUCCAGCUGUGGAAAUGGCCAAGAGGAAAAAGGCCAAGAGGAAAGGACAACGGAGUCUUGAGACGGAAACGGGACAGGCAGAGACGACUUCAUGCCUGGUCCCUAAACACAGCGGCCUGCAGGCCAUCAUCAUAGACUGUUCCGCCAUUUCAUUCGUGGACACAGCUGGAGUGAGCACGUUAAAAGACACACGCAAAGAUCACUGGGAGCUCCAGAUCGCUGUUCUCUUGGCUGGCUGCAACCGCAGUGUAAUAGAUUCUCUAGAAAGAGGAGGCUACUUGGGGAGCGCAAACAAAGACAUGCAUGAAUUGUUGUUUUAUAAUAUACACAGCGCCGUUCAGUUUGUAAGAGAGGAGAUUUUAGCUGAUGUCUCUGUUGUAUAGUUUGGGGUCCAUAUUUGCUUCUCCCACAACUGGCACCUGGGAGAGCCUUCAUUCAUUGCAAACUGGUUAGAGGAGUGGUCAGCUUAUCCAGAUUUGGGAAUCACCUUUAAUCCUAACCAGCUCCUGGAUCUCGCUUUCAAAUUUUUAUGGGCACACGGCUGAGCUAACACAGCACAACACUUUAGCCCCUAAAUCGAGGACAAGUAAAUUUUUACCUGUGCAUUUAUAUGCAGUGUCAUUGAUCUCUUAUUUUUUAAAAAAUCAAAGGAAGUACAUUAUUUUUAAUGGCGACUUGGCCCAUUUUAAUAGUAUGAUUGACUCCCCCGACCCCUUCCAGAUUUCGGUCCAGCAAGAUAAAAACGUAACAUAAGAUUUAUAAGAUUCACUUCCAGACCAGUUUAUUGUUUAGUUCUGAGGGUCGACAUUGCUGAAAAACCUUCCCCAAAGCAUUAGGCAAGUACACAGGGAUAGCUAAAAGAUAGAUGCUGGGAGAGGAAGUAGCAAAUGGUGUUGCCAGGGCUUCAUUUAUGUCCUAACUCUCCUCAGGAUUUAUUUUCAGUUAUAGGACAUAGCACUAGAAUACGUGAAAUAAUAAUGAAGCAAAGUGUCUCUAAGCAUAUGCAAAAUACCUUUCUUUCACUACUGCCAACUGCA